AUGUCUCAACAUCCAUCAUCAUCUGGCUCCAAAUCCUCCCAACAUGCAAAGACUUCACCUAUGGAGUUUGUAGAUGAAGAUGUAAUGGACGUCACUCCUCUGUGCAUGAUACCAGGAGACACCACAGGUACCUCCUCCAAUGCUGGAGAUAAGCAAGGUAAUACCUCUGGUAACUCCUCUCUUCCUAAAGACAUGUAUUUCACUGAUCGCGCUAUAAGGAGACUGGUUACUAGAAUUCUGAGUGAAGGACAUAAAGUUGAAGGGGUCUCUACCCCCCUGUCUAGAAGGGAACCCUUUCCUGAGGGAGAACCCCAUGCUGAUAAAGAUGAUGAUUCAUCUAGAUCAGAAAAAGAGGUGGCUGCUGAAGGGCUUUGCUCUCUAGGUAAAACCCUACCUAACAAGAAACAAAAUGUGCCUCAAGAAAAUAUUAUUGAUCUAGAGGAAGAAAGCACUGAAGGAGAGGAUGAUCCUUUGGUUCAUCUAGUUAAACCUAGCAUAGCUGAGAAGCUGAGAACUAAGAAAGGAAAAAGCAUGGCUAAAAUGAGAGCUGCUAGAGUGAAAAAGACUGCAGGAAUAAGACCCUCAAAACCCUGGAGCAAGGUUGAGGUUGGGAAAAGAAAAGAAAGAGACAGCUCUGACUCUAAGGAGGAUGUUAAAGACGAUAGAAGAUUAGCCAUUGAAAGAGAACUUGGACAAGAAGCUGUAGAGGUAAAGAAGGUUAUUGAGAUGAUAAAAAAUGCUGGACUCAUGAAGACUGUGGUAACUCUACCCCAAUGCUAUGAGGGGUUGGUUAAAGAGUUUAUUGUUAAUAUCCCUGAGGAUAUUCAUGAUAAGAACAGCAGGGAAUUUUGCAAGGAAUGUGAGAAUAAGAAGUGUAAUCCUAGAAGUUUAUGCUAUAAUUAUGGUAAAGAGGGUCAUUAUAGGUCGGAGUGUCCAAUGAAGAAGAAACAUAAUGAGAAAGGCCAUCACAAGAAAUCUAGAAAGUUUAGAAGAGCAUAUGUUGCUUGUGAGAAUGAAAGUGAUGCCUUAAGUGAUAAAAGCUCAACUUCAAGUGAAGAAUCAACCCGAAUUUUCCUCAUGGAAAACAAAAAGAAGAAAAAGGUUAUAAGUCAUUCUAAUCUUGAAUCUACUCAUGCCUUAUCUUACUAUCAAUUCUAA